AUGGCGUCGUCGUGUAUUCUCCUGCUGCUCGCCGCCGCCGCCGGGCUCGCCACGCCUGUGGAGUACCAGUACCACAGUUAUGCGGUAACUCCUCUGUCUCCACACACAUAUAGCGUCCCUGCUGCCGACGACGACGGCGCUCGCGCGCGGCAGGAGGACGUCGCUGUGUCGCCGUCAGCUCUCCACGUUCGCCUGCUCCACCGCGACUCGUUCGCCGUGAACGCCACCCCAGCCCAGCUCCUCGCGCGCCGCCUGCAGCGGGACGAGCUGAGGGCAGCGUGGAUCAUCAAGGCGGCGGCGCCCGCGGCGGCGGCAAAUGAUACGCCGGUCGUCGGACUCUCCAGCGGAGGCGCGUUCGUGGCGCCGGUGGUGUCCAGGGCGCCGACGACGAGCGGGGAGUACAUGGCCAAGAUCGCGGUGGGCACGCCGGCCGUCGAGGCGCUGCUGGCGAUGGACACGGGCAGCGACAUCACGUGGCUGCAGUGCCAGCCAUGCCGGCGGUGCUACCCGCAGUCCGGUCCCGUGUUCGACCCGCGGCACUCGACGUCGUACCGCGAGAUGGGGUACGACGCGCCAGAUUGCCAAGCGCUGGGACGAUCCGGCGGCGGCGACGCGAAGCGCAUGACGUGCGUCUACGCCGUGGGCUACGGGGACGACGGAUCUACGACGGUGGGCGACUUCAUCGAGGAGACGCUGACCUUCGCCGGCGGCGUCCAGGUUCCGCACAUGUCGAUCGGCUGCGGCCAUGACAACAAGGGCCUGUUCGCGGCGCCGGCGGCCGGGAUCCUGGGCCUCGGCCGCGGCCAAAUAUCGUGCCCGAGCCAGAUCGCUGCUCUCGGCUACAACGUCACGAGCUUCUCCUACUGUCUCGCUGACUUCUUCUUGUCUAGCCCCGGCCGCUCCGUCUCCUCCACCCUAACCAUCGGCGAUGGUGCCGCCGCCGGCUCCCCACCACCGUCGUUCACCCCGACGGUCCAAAACCUGAACAUGGCCACGUUCUACUACGUGCGGCUCGUCGGCGUCAGCGUCGGCGGCGUGCGCGUGCCGGGAGUCACCGAGGAUGACCUCAAGCUAGACCCGUACACCGGCCGCGGCGGCGUCAUUCUGGACUCCGGCACCGCCGUGACGAGGCUUGCCCGCCGCGCGUACAUCGCGUUCCGUGAUGCCUUCCGUGCCGCGGCAGUGGACCUCGGCCAGGUCUCCAUCGGCGGCCCCUCCGGCUUCUUCGAUACGUGCUACACCAUGGGUGGCAGGGCCAUGAAGGUGCCCACCGUGUCCAUGCACUUCGCCGGCGGCGUGGAAUUGACGCUCCCUCCCAAGAACUACCUCAUCCCCGUCGACUCCAUGGGCACUGUCUGCUUCGCGUUUGCCGGCACCGGCGACCGUAGCGUUUCCAUCAUCGGCAACAUCCAGCAGCAGGGCUUCCGCGUCGUGUACAACAUCGGUGGCGGCCGCGUUGGGUUCGCGCCCAAUAGCUGCUGAUAUAGAUGUUAUAAUUCUGACUUCUGGUGAGUUAGAGCAUAUGGGUUGCAUAAUACAGCCAAUGUAGAAUCUACUUCUGUUUUGAGAGUCAACAUCAUU